GAACGUCCGUGUUUCUUUCACGUUUUAUGUCAUGAAAUAAUGUGUGCCGCGUGGCCGUCGUCGUUAUCGCCGAUUGAUCGCCGCGUCUCCGCCGAGCUCGGAGUAGGAGAGACAGGCGUGAUCGGCACGUGCGGAAAGCGAACUGAUUAUAUUGGCGAAAUCGGAUCAGUUCGUUCAUCGAUACUUUCCGCUACGCCGGCGAAUCUUGAAGACGAAAGAAUGCGCACCGUGAGAAGGGCGAAGAGAGGAGAAUGGACUCACACGUCGAUUGACGUCAAUGACGAAAUCAAUAGCCGAGCGAGACAAGUCGCCUUGAUUGCCGCUUAUCUGCGUAAAUCCGAUAAAAUUUAUUUCGUGUCGUCAACGUGCAAGGUCGGUUAAGUCGUAAGACAACUAUAAGGAUCAUAAAUGCAAAAUUGCAUUUUAAAACGUCUCCGUGAUAAGUGAAUCAUGCGUGCGUUAGCUUCUGAACAAUAUUCAUCUUUUUUUAAUAUAGACGAAAUGGCAGAAGUAAAUACCUUAGGAUGGAUCGACUAUCUGGUUAUAGCGGUGAUGCUGUGCAUAAGUGCUGGAAUUGGUAUUUAUUAUAGAUUUAGUGGAGGACGACAAAAAACUAUGGAGGAGUACUUCAUUGCAAGUCGUUCAAUGAGCAUCGUACCAGUUGCAAUCGCUUUGGUGGUCUCCUUCAUGUCCGCCGUUACGCUGCUCGGUGUGUCAGCUGAGAAUUAUACAUACGGGACGCAAUUUGUUGUGAUAAACUUAUCGUAUUUGAUAGGUACACCGAUUGUAUGCUACGGAUUUCUUCCAGUAUUCUUCAAGCUGCAGGCGACAAGCGCCUACGAGUAUUUAGAAAAGCGUUUCGGAGUGAGAGCUAGGAUGAUGGCUAGUUUUGUUUAUUGGAUUCAACUGCUAUUGUACUCAGGAGUGGUGCUUUAUGCCCCUUCUCUAGCCUUGGAAGCGACCACAGGAAUCUCUAAGACUGCCAGCAUCAUUAUUAUUGGCCUCGUGUGCGCCUUCUAUUCGAGUAUAGGAGGCAUUAAGGCCGUGCUGAUAACCGAUGUAUUUCAAGGUUUACUUAUGUUCGCCUCGGUGUUUUUGAUUAUUGGCACAGCCGCGGGCGAUGUUGGAGGAUUGGGACAGAUCUGGGAAAUCGCGAAGCAGGGGCAACGGCUCGAGUUUGAUAGCAUUGAUCCGGAUCCAACAGUAAGACAUACCUGGUGGUCUCUUACGUUCGGCGGUUUAUGUACCUUUUUAUCACUUUAUGGAGUGAAUCAAGUACAAAUACAGCGUACGCUGACUCUGAAAAAUAUGCGAUCUUCGCAAACGGCCAUGUGGCUGUCCUGGCCGAUUCUGACACUUCUUUCGAUCACAACUUGCUUCUCGGGAUUGGCGAUAUACAGCAGAUACUACAAUUGCGAUCCAUUUCUCCAGAAAAGAAUUUCUUCGCCUGAUAUGCUUAUGCCACUAUACGUUAUGGACACAAUGUCCCAAGUACCUGGCUUAGCAGGUCUCUUCGUUGCGGGUAUUUUUAGCGCAGGCCUCAGCACAAUCUCUGCGGCGCUGAAUUCUCUAGCGGCAGUAACGUUGGAGGAUUAUAUAAAACCCGUACAUAGAAAGUGCAGCGGGCAUGAAUUCACCCCUACAAAGUCAGCCUCGGUCGCUAAAGUGCUCGCUUUCACGUACGGUAUGAUCUCCAUUGCGCUGGCAUUUUUAGCGCAAUUUUUGGGCGGGCUACUUCAGGCUUCCUUAACUAUCUUCGGAGUAGUCGGCGGUCCGUUGUUAGGCAUUUUCACGCUCGGCAUGGGCACGGAAUCGGCGACGGAAGGCGGUGCGAUAGCCGGUGUUCUCACGGCAUUCUCAUUUUUAUUCUGGAUCGUAUUCGGUGGGCCGCGUCCGAUCCCACCUAAAUUGCCGACGACUAUCGAGGGCUGUAAUAAUAAUGCUGCAAACAUAACGAUGUCUGUUCUGCAGAACGUUACGAGCUUCUCCAAAAGCACCGGCGAUAGUUCGUACUUCUAUUUAUAUCGCAUUUCGUACAUGUGGUACUCUCCUCUCGGAUUCUUAAUAACGGUCGUGAUUGGACUGCUCGUCAGCCAUCUGUCUCGUUUGUUCAUCAAAAAUCAAAACGACAAUUUAGACACUAAUCUAUUCUUUCCUAUAAUAGCGCGGCAUAUUAUACGGAAAAGGCGACGUAACGACAUAGAGAAUGAAGGAGAUCCUGCGUUAGAUAGAAAGUAUUCUUUCAGCGACAUAAUCCACGGGAAAGACAGUGCCACCGAUAAGAUAUGUACAAAACUUUAAUAGUUUAAUUGUUAUCUGAAAUUAAUAGGUGGACAUUCCGUACUUAUAAUCGGAGGAAAUUUACGUUCGAGCCAAAAUCGUAAGGAGAAAAAUAAAACUAUUUCUCAUUCCUCGGGACCUAAAUGAAAAUAGUGACAAUUUUGAGAAAACCGCGGGCUUAGCAAAUUUUAUCAAUGACUUACAAUUAGCGUAAGAAUAGAACUCGUAUUUGUAAGAAUAACUUUUUGCACAGGUACAUAAUUUUUUUAUUAAUAUUUUUUUAGAUAGUUUUGUUUUAAUACGUAAAGUUAGGCAAUUGUGAAUCACAACACAAUGUCUUCCACGCUGCGUUUGGCACUGCCAAUUUAUACUGCACUGAGAAAAAAAUUUUCUGCAUUUUAAUAAAUAUUAGUUUGUAUACAACUGUGACUCUAUUUAUUAAAAUGCAGAAAGCUUUUUUUCAGUGUGUGUAUAAAUAAAAAUCUCUUACAAACACAACGAUGUUUGUAAGAGCUAUGCGUAUUUUGUGUAAAAAAUUUUGCAGUGGAACAUAUCUCUAUAUAUAUACGUAAUCAGUUUCUGUUACGUACAUAAUUCUCGUAGAUGUACAUACUUGAAGGGAAUCUACCUCUUAGAAAAUCUUGACAAUAUUUAACAAUGUAAGAUGACAGGGAAAAUGUAAGGUUUAAGGCAUGACGCUUGUAACGUCUGUAUAGCGAUCCUGUAAUAACUGUCCGAUGAUAAAGAAUCGAAAUAAGUUAUGUAGCCUAUAUGGUUACUUCUUGUUGACAAAUAUUUGCGCAAGAUACAGUUGUCCGAUUAUUUAGGAAGACUUACUAUUUUCUAUAUAGAAUGAUUUAAUCGCGACAGCGGUAUCUGCAGAUUUUGUUGGUGUCGUUUGAUAGUUAAGAGAGAGCUUGAUUAUGAUUGUGUGAGAAAAAGGAUAUAUACACAUCGUUCAUAAACGACGUGUAUAUUCUUAAAAUUUUGAUUUAAAAAUGUACAUCUGAAUAACAAUACUGUGCCGUAUUUAACAUUAAAUAUUAAUAUUUAAUGUAAAAUUUGAUAGAAGUGUUUAGUAAUGAUGUUGUUAAUAUUUAAGGAGCCAACAAAUCAUGUUUAAUAGCAUGUAUCGAGAGUUCAGUAUUUGUUUAAAGUUUAAAUAAAUAUUUUUUUGUGUUAA